AUAUUUGUAAGUAGCUACAUAGAUACGUAGGUACUAAGAUAAAACGAGUUUCAUAUCAGGUAGAGAAGAAGCGAGUGUGGAGCAAUGUGAGAAUUACUUAUGUCGAAGAAAGCAGGUGAAGCUCUCAUAACAGGUAAAAGGAUUUAAUCAAAAUUAUGAUAUUUAAAAAUAUUUUGCGACUCUGUGGAAAAAGAAGAAUGACAACUUAUCAAAAUUUGUGUUGUACUUUCAGUCUAAAUUUAUUAACCAUGCAAAGUAAGCCUUGCUAUCAUGGAUCCUCAGAGGACAACAUUACCCGGUCCAUUGCCAGCUUCCAGUAAACAGGCAGCACGAAAAUGUUUCGCAGUAACAAACACGUACAUUAAAAGUACUAAAAAAGAAAUUGUUAGUGUUCACACUAGCACCCCCACUGUGGAAAAUUUAUCGUUUCAAAUUGAACAAAAUCAGAUUUACCAAGGAGACGUGAACGUUCUUUCAAUUAUUGAUACAAAUAAAGAAAUUAUGUGCUGUAAAUAUACAGAAGAUGUUAACGAGAUAGCAGCCGGAUUCAAUGACGGCACAAUGAGAGUAUUUAGUUGUAAUACUGGACACUGUAUCCACACUCUUGUGGACGAAGAAUGUCGUGCCUAUCCGGGACCUGUAACGUCCAUUAAACAUAGGCCCGUUAGCAAAGCAAACCCCAUUACUAAUAUGCUGUUAUCAUCCUAUGUAAAUGGAUGUAUCAAAUGCUGGAAAUACAAAUACGACCAAUGUUUAUAUACCAUUAGGGAGAAGCGUCAAACGUUAGGAUUAAAUUACCAUCCACGUCACAGUAAAUUUGUUACUUACGGCGAUGAUGCCAAGCUAAACAUGUAUGAUGAAGAAGCUCAGACCCAAGAACGAGCAUUUUACUCGAGUAACCAAAGGAAUAAAGUGGACGGCCAUACAUCACGGAUAUUUGCAUGUGCAUUCAACCCAAGGUCGCAACAUGAGAUGAUAUCUGGAGGCUGGGAUGACACGGUCAUGUGUUGGGACGAUAGACAACCAUAUGCUACUCGUUACUUUGUUGGAGUACACAUGUGCGGUGAAGGCCUUGAUUUUGACAAGCCUGGACGAACAAUACUGACAUGUUCUUGGCAAGAGAAAGAUAGUAUUCAAUUAUGGGAUUAUGGUUCGUGUAAAUUGAUUGAAACCAUUGUACCAGAUAACUAUCAAUCAAAACUAUAUUGCGGGAAAAUGGUGCCACAUACAAACUUGAUUGUUUGCGGAGGAUCAGACUCUAACAUAUUGAGAGUAGUAGAUAUAAACAUGAAAGUCACCGAAUGUUGCAUAAGAAAUAAUCAAGGCGGCAUUUACGCUUUUGAUUUCGGUACAAUUAGAAGAAAACCAAGUAAAGUUACAGAGACCUACAAAAAAAUAAGCGAAAUACCAAAUGUACCUCGUGUUUCGUUUGUUACUGGGAAAAGAUUACAGACCGUAGACUUUGGUUGACCAGCUGCCAGAUGCUUCAGGAUGUUAUGUAAGCUAAACCUUACUCCAAGAUUAUGAAAAUAAACGUGUGGAAUAUUUCUUGAACACAUUAUUGCUAAGUGCAUAUUAUUAUUUGAGCAUGUAAUCUUGUUGAUUUUGUCUUUAUUGUGAAAUAUUAAUUAAAAAUCUUUACAUGUUUCAUUAUUUUGUUUUUGCUUUUUCUAUUCUGCAUAGUUGGGAAAGGUCUCGCACAAUAAACGCGGACGUAAAAGUUGUACAUCAGUUGUAUUGAAUUUAUUCUCCUUUUUAACAUUUCUCUACUCACAAACAGCCGUUUAUACAAUUUUAAGUGAUAGACAAAUACACUGUGAUUUCAUUUUGUAAAUAUAGUAUAUAAAACUCUAGAAAGAUAAAAUAUCGAGUUUGGCAAGAAUUCAUAAUAAAUAAAAAACAUAAAUACUUCUACAUAGUAUUAUAUACAGGAUUUGAACAUCUAUUAUUCGACCGAUUCAAGUUGAGCCUCGUCAACGGAUGGGUCUUCCCAUGUUGCAAUUGUUUUUUAGUUUGAGCUUUCGACAUCACAGUUGAUACCACCACUUCGCUGUAGUCGAGAGGAGCCAGCGACACGACCGUGGGGGCGGGAGGAGGUCGCUCCGCCGCCCCCCGCACCGCACCGCAGAACGAAUUCCGCAGCGCGGACCGCGCGCGGGCCUCUCCGUCCGCCGCCAGCUUACACUUCUUCGAUAACGACUCGGAAGCGCGACUGCGCCUCGUCUCGCAGCUCGACUCGCAGCGCGCCCGACCUGGCCGAUCGUAGCGGUUCACCAACACCUUCACUGACAGGUCUUCGCCUGAGGGUGGCGAUGCGGGCGGCCGAUCACGACCCUCAGAGGGAGUGGAGCGACGUGAGUCAACGCGACGAAGCGUGUCGGUCUCAGAACGUGCCUCAAACUCCUUUUUGAGGUUGCUAACUAGGCCCGCGGCAGGCUCGGCGGGCUCGGGCGCAGCGGGGGCAGCGCGGGGCAGGUCCCCGUGCGAGGCGCAGGUGGCGCGGCGCCGGCGUAGGCCGGCACGCAGCCAGGUGUCGGGCGCGGAGAGGCGACCGCUCCAGGUGGACGCGCCGCGGUCGCGGGCGCGUUCCAUGCGCGCGGCGGCGGAGGCGAGCUCCUUGAGUAUGGCACAGGUUUCAUUAAACUUCCGCACGUUGUCAGCGCGCCGCCCGCUACUGCGUGCCUCGUUGUGCUCGCUGAUGAUGCCGAGGUCGGACUUCUGCGGAGCGAGUCCGGGCUCAGCAAUCUUGUCGCUGUCAUCCUUGCGAGCUCGCUCGUCGUUGCGUUCCUUGGGCCGCUUAGGCUCGUCCCGCGGCACCUGGGGCUUAGGAGCCCUGGUAUCGUAGGAGCCCCACGAGGAGUGUCGCGAGAGGUCCAACACUACUGCACUAUCGAACGAGCUCCACGAGCUCUGCCUGCUCGGCGGUGGUGCGUCGUCGUCGACGGCUCUCCUAUCGUCGCUAUCUAAAUUUGAACGUUCUACAGAAUUUGCAAGAGUGUCACUAGUUGUCACUUUAUUGGUCUUCACGUCUAUAAUUCCACUGUCACUUUUCACUAUAUUAUCACUAUUGCUAAGUGUUCUGUUCUCAUCACCUUUCGGCCACGAGGCCUCCCCAGGAUCCCAAGUGUGUAUUUUAUCCACUUCGAAGUUUGACUGUGCAUAUUUGUGACUUAGAUUUUUAGAAGGCGAGGCUUGCGGUGGUUUGUUCGGUGUCUCUGCUUGAUUUAUCAAGGCAGCGGGAGCUUCGAGCGUUUUACUAUUUUGAGACUCAUUUUGAGUACCAAAAUUUAACCUUUGAUAUCUUUUACUAAAAUCUUUUCGAUCGCUCGACGCAGCAUUCUCUAUUUCAUUUACUAUAUGUUUGACUGACGGUGCUCCCUCUUCUUUUAGCCUCAUUAUCUGAUUAGGUGAGACACUAUAACUCCCAUUAGCACAUGGCAUGAGCAUAUGACGAGUUUCGAAGGGCAAGUUCUCCAGCGAGACGGAGGUGGGCUGCGGCGGGGGGAGCAGUUCAGCGGCGGCCUUGGUGUCGGGCGACCAGGAGCGCGGCCGGCCCGAGUACGAGCCCGUCAGCGCCAGCACCAGCGGCGUGGGCUCCAUCACUUUGCUCUCCGUUUUGGAAAUAUUCUUGGGAGAUUUCAGGUUUGUCUCUGAUUUCGAACGCUGUAACUUUUCCUUGUUCUUCAUCGCAUCGAGUAUGCCUUGGUAGGUCUCAAGUUGGUUUAAAAAAUUCGUAUUCGGUUUAAUGCAAUUCCUCUUGGCUUUGACAUGUUUCAGAGCUUUCUCGAAAUUCCAAUUGAAUGCCUUCAUGGCGUAUGCAAUCACCACAGAUGCUGAUCGACUAAUUCCCAUUUUGCAGUGAACAAGAACCUUCGAACCUUCAUUCUUUGCUUUGUUUAUAUAUUUGUAUGUGUUAUCCCAGUGUUUUAAAAGGUCAGUCUUCUCAUCAUCAUAAACUCUAAUGUUUAGAUAGUCGAACAUACCGGGGAAAAAAUUAUCGAUCUCUCUCGUUACAUUCAAAAUGUGCCUCACCCUGGAAAAACAACAAUAAGUGUGAUUAGUAUUUGUCAUAAUAAAAUUAGAUCAUAGUAAAUGAAAUAAACUUUUCCUAAAAGUUGAAUUAGCAUAACAAGAACAUUAAAGAAUAAUAUCUUCCAUGACUAUGUACGGGAUGUAUUUAUAUCACCCAUAAACUAUUUAACAGAACGUACCCAUUGCGUUGUAACUCUUCUAGAUUGCUGGCGUUCCAUUCGGAGCCGAGAUAGACAUGAUCAAAGAUCUCAGUGGGUGCGUCCAUCUGUCCCAGUAUAGUGAGCAUCUCUUGGUCGAUGAAAGACUUGUACUCAGCAAGGUCCAUGUCUAGUUCCUCCUCGAGGCGCCCUCGGAUGGCUUUGCUUGUCACUUCAUCCAAAUCCACGCUCAUCAUGAUCUCUUUUAGUGUACAGCGUAUCACACGUUCAGUCUCGUCCCUUUCUCGAGGCCUAUAA